GUUUAAACUUUCAUGUGACAUUUGAUUCAUUAUAGAAUGUGAACGAUUUUAGUGCUUAUAAUAAAAAUAAAAAAUGUCUCUAAGAAAAGUACUAUUUUUAACAAAAGCUGUGUGUUGCGGAGGUAUUAAGUAUCAAGUUACGAACUUUUCGCUACAAAAUCUUUGGAUAUUAUCAGCGGCUACGACUAGAUUUUAUUCUACCGAAAACUUAGGAAAUAAGAAUAAAGAAGAGAAUGCGCCAGAAAAGGUGAAUAUACUCGGUAGAUUUUUUCCACAAAAUGAAUUAGGCACAAAGGAUGCGCAAGAAGUUAAAAAUGAGCAGGAAAAGUUUGAGCAAGAACAGAAAGAAAAAUCAGAAGAAAAUGAAAAAAGUUGGAGACGUAUGAAGAUGGGAUUUGCAGUUUUUGGUGGUGCUCUCACAGUUAUGGGUGGAUGUAUGGUGGUGGAAAUGGGGGCUCCAAGACGUGGAGAAGAAGGACAGAUUCUUGAGGAUGAGUUCUCACACCUACCUAUUGUGUGGCAGUACCUUAGACGUACUUGGAAGGAACUUACUUUCUAUGAAAAGAUGAUUAAAGAGCCAUCCCGUGACAAACUACUUCCAGACCCUUUGCCACCUCCAUAUCAACCCACCUAUACCCUAGUACUUGAAUUCACUGAUGUUCUAGUACAUCCUGACUGGUCUUAUCAAACUGGCUGGAGAUUUAAAAAACGUCCAGGUGUUGACCAAUUUUUACAAACUGUAGCAAGUUCAGACUAUGAAGUUGUCAUAUUUACAUCAGAGAAUGUGUUCAUGAUCUGGCCAGUACUUGAUAAAUUGGAUCCAGAAAACAAACUAAUCUCAUAUAGACUCUUUAGAGAUUCUACACAUUUUAUGGAUGGAGUUCAUGUUAAAAACUUGGAGGGGCUAAAUAGAGAUUUGACUAAGGUAAUUGUUGUUGACUGGAACAAGCAAGCAACUCAGUUCCAACCGGAAAAUGCACUUAUACUUAAGAAAUGGAAGGGAGCUGAUGAUGAUACAGCACUGCUUGAUCUUGCCAAUCUAUUACAAACUAUAGCUAUGUCAAACGUGUCAGACGUGCGCGAUGUCGUAAAGUACUAUAGUCAAUACGAAGACCCCAUAGCGGCAUUCCGUGAGAACCAACGCAAGUUGCUCGAACAAAUGGAGAAUGAAAAGAAAGAGCGCGAUUCACAGCCAGACCAAAAUCUUGCAAGGGGAUGGUUAAGGACAUUUACAAGACGUUAGUGGUACCAGAUAUUGAGGUCGCAAAUGCAACUUAAUAAAUUAGUCAACUUCGUAGAAUUCAUGUGUACAUAUUAUUAUCAUUGUUAUGUUCCUCUUAGUUUUUCUUUAAACAAUGUCAUUUCCAACAAACAAACACAUUGUAAAAACAAUUGUAUUCAUAGGUCCUUUUCAUAACAAGCUUAUUUAAAAUUUAUGAAAUAUAGCAUCUACUUUUCAUUUUAUUUCUCAUAAAAUCUUUUGUAGUUGAAAUCUACUUACCACCAGUACUUAGUUAAAGUUAAAAUUCUAUUAAUUUUUAGAGUGCAAAAUUACAUUUACUUUAACAUAAGAGUUGUGACUUUAGUCUUAUCUUAUAUCAUCCUCUGCGGUAAGCUCUUAAAUUUCGAUAACUAAUACAUUUUGUAAGAAAGAGACUUAGGUCUCAACUCUAAAAUUUUGCCUUAGACAACAUCCUUAUAUAAAAGUAAUUGUAAAUAAAGAAGUUAACUGACAAUAUACUUGUUUCAUACAUGAAAUAAAAAGAGAAUUUUAAUUAUACAAUCUAAUGGAUUUAAAAAAUUAUUCAAUUAAUUUUUUGUUAUAUUAUUUUCAUCACUCGCUAUAAAAUUAGAUUAUCCAAGCUAAAUGUACCUGAAUGUUUUCAGUGUUGUUAUGUUCAUGUUAUUAGAUGAGAGUGUUUUAUCCUUUAAGGAUCUGUGUUCUCUGUGAGGAAAUAUAAAUUGUUUAAUAAUUUA